AUGGCGAGGAUGACAUGUUGGAGUCGGUAUAUUCUGUCGACAUCAUUAAUAUGUAUAGUUGUAUGGUAUUCGUUAUUGAACCAAUGUAAACAGAAUGUGGUACCAAGCCAAAGUGACCAAACUGUUGUCUUAAAUCCAAGUAAACAUUAUUUGGUAUCAAUUCAAAGUGAACAACAUAUGGCACCAAACCGGAAGAAAAUAAAUGAAAAAUAUUUAGUAUAUCUGUGCGAUGAAAAGAGAGACUGUGGUGGCUGGGGUGACAGACAGAGAGGAAUGGUUUCUUUGUUUUUACUUUCUUUGGUGUGGAAACGGACAUUUAAAAUUUUGAUAUCCUCUCCAUGUGAUAUUAAACCCUAUUAUAAACCCACCAAAGAAUAUAAUUGGAUAUUCACCAAAGGUGAAUUAAAGGGACUGAAAGCCAAAACUAAGAAAACUCUCGCAUUUAUUUCUAAUGAUACUCCACUGUUAAACCUGAACAUGAACAAUUCUGAAAUUGCUGAGGUGCUGUAUGUAAAAACCAAUUGUUACAGUUAUUCAAAUAUAGCAGAGAAUUAUACUCAGUUUUUACCGGACUAUUUAAGAAACAAAAAUCGUGCCACAAUAUUUCGAGAAACAUGGAAUAGAUUUAUGAUUCCCACAGAAAAACUUACUAGUCAAGUAUCAAAAAUAAUGUCAACUGGCAAAAUAAAUCGAGAUGCUAAGAAAUCUGGGAAAGAACUAAUUUGUGCACAUUUGAGAAUUGGUCGUAGUAAAUAUUUACCUCAUGAUUAUACUGGAAUACCCCUUACUGCUGUCCCCGACGUCUGGGAUUUUAUUGAUCAUCAUUUUCAUAAGAAAUCUAGGAUUUUUGUGGCCACUGAUCACCUCGAUGUUAGACAAAGUGCUAUGUCUAAAUAUGGUAGAAGAUAUAUCGGUAGUUUCGCUUAUGCUAUGAAUCCGGAUAAAAUGCGAUCUAAUUUAACAUUGGCUUGUAGUUCUCAAGAAUCUGCUUAUGUAGAUCAGUUGAUGUUAUCGAAAUGUGAUGUUCUUAUUUUUUACAGACGAAGUGGUUUUAGUCUACACGCUUCAUAUUUGAAAACUAAGUGGAGAGAAAUAUAUGCCAUCAUGGGACACACUAAAAACAGUGUUUCUCUGAAGAAAACAUUUUAUUAA